AUGUGUUGUGAAGAUAAUAAAACAAAUAUUAAGGGUUAAUAACUAUAAUUGAAAUAAGAAUAGAAAAAUAUUAAAAUAGUAGUUUUAGGAGAUAGUGGAGUUGGUAAAACAAGUCUCAUUCAGAGGUUUUGUUUUGAUACUGUAUUAUAUCUAAUUGAUAUAGCAAUCAGAAAAAGAAUAAACUACCUUGGGCGUAGCUUAUUAGAGUGCUUAGAUUGUGAUUAAGGGUUCAGUAUUAAAAUUGCAUAUCUGGGAUACAGCAGGAAGUGAGAGGUAUCGCUCUUUGGCUCAAUUGUGUUAUAGAGAUGCAAAUGCAGCGAUAUUAGUGUAUAACAUUACAAGCAGAUAGUCAUUUGAAUAGAUAUAUUAUUGGGAGAAGGAGUUAUUAGAGAGAUGUACUAGUAUAUUUGAGAUAAUGUAAGUAAUUUAGAUUUGAGUAUUGGGUUGGCAGGAAACAAAAGUGAUUUGAAUUAAGAGAGAGCAGUCUUUAAAAAUGAAGCUUAGAUUUAUGCUAAACAACAGGAUUUCGUAUUUUAUGAGACAUCUGCAAGGACUGGUGAAGGAAUACGAAUGCUAUUUUUGGAAGUAAUAGAAAAAUAUUUAAGAUAAAAAUAAUAAUGA